UUUUUUGGACCAGCGUGUAGAAUUAAGUCCUGGUCAAGUUCAGCAUUUUGAGGCUGCAAAAUUAAACGGUGUAAUUGAACGUCUUGAGAAGAAUAGAAUGUCGAAUCAGGAUUGGCAUCCGCCCGAACAACUCCUUGUCCAAGAUUUAACGAGAUUAACCAACGAGUUAACCAAGACAUAUACUCAUCCCGCCUAUGCAUCUCAAAGAUAUCAGCUCACACCUGCCAAAGAAAAAGAUAUGUUUAUGAAUACUGUUAUCAAAAGAGUUGAAAAAUUACAAUCAUAUCGUAUGAAUGACCAAGACGCGGACUCACCGAAAGAACGACGAGAAAAGGCAUGGAAAGAGAUCGAAGUCAUAGUGAACAAACAACAAAACAGUUCCUACAUGAACAAUCAACGCGCUACGCGAUCCCCUAAAAAAUUUA